AUGGAAGAGCUACAGAAGGACAGUGGGCAACCAUCAAACGGCUCUGAUUCUGAACCAGAAGCUAUGGAAUUGGAUGACAACGGAGCGGGAAAAUCCCAUAGCAUGGACAGAAACAGGGAUUCUCCUAUAGAUGUCGAUGAAGGCCAGUCAUCUAUGGAUGUGGAUAUUAAGGGAAAAUCAUCCCUCAAUGAUGAUGUUAAUGGAAAGUCUUCUUCUGAGCCAUGUUCCAAUGCUCCAAUUGACAUGAGUGUGGAAAGCCGAGAGAAGUUUUGCAAAGAAGCGUCAAGGUCCUUCUUUGAUGAAGUUGGUCUGAUUAGCCAUCAGAUAAAUUCCUACAAUGAGUUUGUCUCGCAUGGGCUCCAGGAGCUUUUUGAUUCGCUGGGGGAAGUGAUUGUUGAACCUGCUAUGAUCCUUCAAAGAAAGGAUCAGGUUUAUUCUUUGGAGAAAAGUGACAAAUCUAAAACAGGAAAUUAUGGUUUUGUUCAAAAAAGGGACUUCAUGAAUGAAACUCAUUGGAUAUUUAUUGGCCUCCUUCCGGUUAUGGUGAAAUCAAACUUAUGUUUGUUGCAUAGUCUCAAGGAAAGUGAGUGCCUGUUCGAUGUAGGUGGAUACUUUUUGGUCAAGGGAAUGGAGAAGGUAUUCAUUGCUCAAGAGCAAAGAUGUCUAAAGAGGCUUUGGAUUAGUGAUCGUCCUUGCUGGAUUAUCUCUUUUAUGUCUGAAAUGAAGAGUAGACGUAUAUAUAUUAAACUAGUUGAAUCUACAAGGAAUGAAGAUUUCAGUGGGAGCAAAAUCAUUUCCAUUUCCUUUUUGUAUGCGACAAUGCCAAUUUGGUUGUUGUUCUUUGCACUUGGAAUAUCAUCAGAUAAGGAAGCCUUUGAUGUGAUUGAUAUGCAAGAUUAUAAAGCUCGUCAAUAUGUUGAUGAGUUGGUAAAAAGUUCGAGAUUUCCUCCAGCGGAGUCCUUUGAUGACUAUAUUGCUAGGUUUCUCUUUGCUGAUAUUAGUGGAAAUAGAAACAAAGCACUUUUCUUAGGGUACAUGGUGAAAUGUCUGCUAAUGGCUUUUACUGGGAAGCGUAAAUGUGAUAAUAAGGAUGACUUCAGGAACAAGAGGCUGGACCUACCUGGUGAAUUGCUUGGAAGGGAACUUAGGGCACAUCUUAGGCUGGCAGAGAGACGCAUGGUUAAGGCCAUUCAAAGAGAUUUGAAUAGUGACCGUGAGUUACAAGAUCUUGAACGUUAUAUAGAUGCAUCGAUUGUUACUAAUGGUCUAAAUCGUGCCUUUUCCACUGGUUCUUGGUGCCAUCCCUACAAAAGAGCUGAACGGUGCUCAGGAAUUGUUGCGACUCUAAGGAGAACUAAUCCUCUUCAAAUGAUGUCUGACUUGAGGAAAACCCGGCAGCGGGUUGCUUAUGCUGGGAAAGCUGGUGAUGCAAGAUAUCCGAAUCCAUCCUAUUGGGGAAAGCUGUGUUUUAUGUCCACUCCGGAUGGUGAAAACUGUGGACUUGUAAAAAAUCUAGCUGUUACUACUAUUGUUAGCUCAAGGGUGGUGCAGCCCUUGAUUGAGAGCUUCGUUUCUUGUGGAAUGAGUAAGCUGAAUGACAUUCCUACUGAGCACAUUCAAAGAAUGGAUAAGAUCUUUUUGAAUGGCAAUUGGGUGGGAUCUUGUAAAGAUUCAGCUUCAUUUGUAUUUCGAUUGAGGUGCAUGAGACGCAGCAAUCUGAUUGAUCCUCAGGUUGAAAUUAAAAGGGACAAGCACCACAAGGAGGUUCGGACACCUUGCCUUGGAGAUAAGUUUUCCAGCAUGCAUGGCCAAAAAGGUGUUGUUGGUUUUCUAGAAUCUCAAGAGAACUUCCCAUUUACUCACAAAGGUAUAGUCCCGGAUAUUGUGAUAAAUCCACAUGCCUUCCCAACACGUCAAACUCCCGGACAGCUGCUUGAAGCUGCUCUGGGGAAGGGUAUAGCCUGCAAAGGUACAAUGAGAUAUGCAACACCAUUCACCACAGCAUCAGUUGAUGUUAUUGCAGAACAGUUGCACAGGGCUGGUUAUUCACGAUGGGGAGCCGAGAAUGUUCUAAGUGGCCGAACUGGUGAAAGAAUGCAAUCCUUGGUUUUCAUGGGGCCCACCUUUUACCAGAGGCUGAUUCAUAUGUCUGAAGAUAAGGUGAAAUUCCGUAAUACUGGGCCGGUGCACCCCCUCACGAGGCAGCCUGUUGCCGACAGGAAAAGGUUUGGUGGAGUUAAGUUUGGAGAAAUGGAGCGUGAUUGUCUCCUCGCCCAUGGGUCAGCUGCCAACCUGCAUGAACACCUCUUCAUGCUUAGUGACUUCUCCCAGAUGCACAUCUGCCAGACAUGCGAGCGUGUGGCUAAUUCUUCGGAGAACAUAGUGAGAAUCAAUGUGCCCUAUGGCGCGAAGCUGCUCUACCAGGAACUCUUCAGCAUGGGGAUCUGCCUCAAGUUUGAUACCGAAGUCUGCUAG